CUAGAGAACUUGACUUGUUUUCUCGACUUUGGCUCCUACUUUCUGAUAAGCAAGCAUAUUAUCGCUGAAAUAGAAAAUCUGGUGAAUUCUUGGUGUCACACCCAAAGGGUGCGACGAUGCAGGAUCCCGCGGGUCAGUGCUGGGCCGCUGUGAUUCGUGGGGGUCGAAAUAAGAACUGUUUUGUUUCCCUGCCUUCGGCAAGCUGGACCUCGCAAAACACAUACGAAGAUGGCAAGUUGCAGGUGUUCCAGCUUCAGUCCCAGAGUGGCAGGAUAGCCUAUGUCAGCUGGUCAGGGGGACUGACCACAGGGACCCCAGGCUCUCAGGACACCAUUGAACUCAAUGGACUGUACGCAGACAAACUGGGCUUUAAGGUCGGAGAAGAGGUCCUUGUGAAAGCUGUUCCCAGCGUAGCAUCAUGCACCAGGAUAUUUGUUGAACCUCUCUCCGUGGACGACUGGGAGAUACUGGAACUCCACUCCAGUUUCCUAGAAAGUCAUCUCCUCAAUCAGCUCCGUGUGGUGUGGCCCCAGCAAGUGAUGCCACUCUGGGUAGAGGGGGCCGUCUGUAUUUUUGUCACAGUGGCGUCCAUGGAACCCAAUGUCCCAUGUGCUUUACUGGAACAACACACAGAGGUCGUCAUAGCACCCAAGGUCAGACAAUCUGGGUCAAGGUCAAGCACAUUCAAACCCAAAGCAAAAGUAGAUGACAAACUGAACAAAAAAGAAAAUCAAAAAGCUAGUGCAAAUGAAGAGCACUCAAAAGUGACAAAAAUGAAGAAUGGGGCUAUUGUGAAUGAUGUGAAGACAAGCAGUGAGGUACAAAAGAGGAGCAAUGAAGUUUCUGAAAGCAAGUUAGCUCAGGCUUCAUACAUGAGGGGCAUGUUUGACUUCUGCAGAUUCAUACUCAUGGGGCCACAGGUUCCUCUUGGAGUAGAAAUGUCGUCUGACCUUAACCAGGCAACAAGGUCGGAAAUUCUGGACACAGACGUUAACAUGGUGCUGAGAGUCCAACCAAUGAAAUGUUUGGACACUUUGGAACUUAUGUCAGAAAAUGGAGGCCAUGAUUUGAGUAGUCAGUCUCCAGAAACCACUUUUCUUUUACAGCCUACAACUGUUUACAUCUCUGCAAAUACUCUGCUACAACAUGGCUACGUGGACAUUGACGCCAUGUGUCCAUCAUUUUUAGCUAAGUUAACCAAACUUCCAUCCCCGAAAGAAAAACGGGAGAUUGCAAAAAGGGCAGCUGCAAAAACUAAAACUGACAAGAACUUGAAAGACAAGGCCAAAGGUCAACCUGGUCACCAUGACAACAAGGUCAAAGCUGAACAGGGUCAGAGUAUUGUAGUGCGUGUUGUGGUGGUAAAUGCUCAGUACGUUGUGCCAUCCAGAGCAAAGACUCCUACAGAGAACGAAAUUGUCAUGAAAGGAAACAUAUACGCAAAGAAAAAAGUUACAUUUGGUGAAGAAACUGAUAACAUUUUUGAAGGUGACGAAAAACUUGGUUCUGGGGGUGAAUUCCACAGCGGUGGAAGAGUUCAUUCUGAAACAGGGAUACCUGGAGGUGGAAGAGUUCAUUGUGGUGCUGGUGUUGAAGUAAGCAGGACCAAGGUGCUGGAGACGGUAUCGGAUGGUCACAUUCUUCUUCCAGAGUUCCUAAGAAGACAGAGGGGUCUGGGGGCCUUCACCAGGGUCCACCUGGAGGGAAUUCAUUCUAAGGGCUCUACAUUCACUCAGCUGUCUCUGCACCCUCUUACACCAGUGACAAAGAAAUACACCAAGGAAAUGUACAGAACUGCACUGAGAGUUUGGCUGAGACAGGCAGCAACUGAGAACUUCCCAUUUAUUAUCACACAGGGCACUUUGUUCAGUCUGCCACUAGGGGGAGAACACUCACAGGAGUUUCUCCUAACACUCCAGGGAGUAGAAGAAAGCCCAGACUCAACAGAAACGUAUGCUCAACUGGAGGAGUCUUCCCUUGAUGCUGUGAGGGUCAGAGUCACAGAACAAGUACGAGAUUCAAAGAAACCCAGAGAGGUGGCUGCUCUACCAGCAUCAAGUGUGGCAGAGGUGGACUGUCCUGUACCGGCUGUUGAAGUGGAAGAUCUUGGCGGUAUCAAGUCACUCUCCCAGCAAGCAAUAGAAUUUCUAGAAUGCUCCAUAGCACAGCGGCCAUUGCCAAAACAGCUACUAGAUGGCAGCAGCAGUAUUGCAAAUGGCUGCCUCUUGGUGUGUGGAAACAAGGGGUGUGGAAAGAGCAGCUUCACCAGAGGUCUCUGUGCCAAGCUGAGCCAGCCACCGAACCUGGCAUAUGUGGAAAUAGUGGAUUGUAAAAGUCUUAAAGGGAAAAGAAUAGAAGUCAUCCAGACCAUUCUUCGCCAGGUCUUCAAUGAAGCUGCAUGGCGACAGCCUGCUGUGAUCUUAUUGGAUGAUUUGGAUCAUGUGACCAGUUCUCCCAGAAGCCCUGAAAUGGAACUGACAGGAGAGGCAAUGUACAAUGCCGAGGUGGCUGAAGGUGAAGAAACAAGUGGGAGUUUGCUGGGUCUAGGUCUUUUGUAA